AUGAUGAAUUUGAAUCGAACGGUGGUAACUGAAUUUCUUCUCUUGGGAUUUUCUACCUCUCCAGAGAGGGAGGUUUUACUCUUUGUGGCACUGUUAGCCAUUUAUCUGGUCACUGUGGUGGGAAACCUCCUCAUUAUCCUUGUAACUUUGGUGAAUCCCACCCUUCACACCUCCAUGUACUUUUUCCUCUCUAAUUUGUCUGCCUUAGAGGUCGGUUACACCUCGGUCACUAUCCCCAGAAUGCUGGUGAGCCUCAUCUCAGGGGACAAACGCAUCUCCUUUGCUGGCUGUGCCAUGCAAAUGUGCUUCUUCCUUUGCUUCGGGAGCACAGAGUCUUCCUUUCUGGCCAUCAUGGCAUAUGACCGCUACGUGGCAAUAUGCAACCCCCUGUGUUAUCCCAUGAUUAUGAACAAGAAGGUGUGUGUCCUGCUGGCAGCCACUUCCUGGACAAUCGGCAUCCCGGCCCAGAUAGUGCAGACCGGUUUGGUGUUCACCUUACCCUUCUGUAGCUCCAAAGAGAUCAACCAUUUCUUCUGUGACCCGGCCCCUCUGCUGUUGCUGGCCUGUGUUGAUACCUCCAUGAAUGAAACCUUGACUUACAUUAUGGUCACUUUCUUUGGAAUGGUGCCCUUUGCCCUGAUCCUGUUGUCCUACAUCCGGAUCAUUGCCACCAUCCUCAUGAUGCCAUCAGCUGAGGGUAAGAGGAAAACCUUCUCCACCUGCUCCUCCCACCUCAUCGUUGUGGCUUUAUUCUAUGGUUCUGGCAUCCUCCUUUAUUUACGACCCAGGUCCAGUGAAUUUCCAGACAGCGGAAAACUUCUCUCCCUGUUUUACACUGUUUUGCCUGCCAUGUUGAACCCUUUUAUCUACAGCCUGAGGAACAGGGAUAUCCAAACAGCACUGAAGAGAAAUACGUGGCAUAAAAUGGUUCCUCGCUAG